ACAAUAAUUAAGAUAGAAUCUAUUUAAUUUAAACUAAAAAUGUUGGUAACCAAUCAUGGUUUAUUAUUGAUAAUGGAUCGGAAUUUUACCGCGGACCUUCUGUACGCGGAACUUUCAAAAUGGCGUCUGCAGGUGCGAGUCCUGGCAGAUCGAAAAAGUCAGUACGCUCCCCGCGGACCCCACAGUCCCAUAAUAAUGCUGGCGACAGGAGUCAUUUGAAUAACAGCUUUGAAGAAAACAUGAAUAACAACAGCUUCAGCAAGAGAAAUGCAAAAUCACCAGAUCUCCCAAGCAUCAAUGAAAGACUGGGCCAUCUACGUCCCUCCCGAGAGCUACUGGAGUACUACAGGAAGAAGAUAGCUGAGUAUGAUGAUGAACAUGAUCAAGUUGUGUGUAAGCUGGAGGAAUAUAAAGUCACAUAUGAGGACCAGCACAAGAUGCAGUGGGAGUUGCGGCAGCGGGAGGAGGAGAUUGUGGAGUUGCAGAAGGCCCUCAGUGACAUGCAGAUCUACCUGUUCCAGGAGAGGGAGCAUGUACUCCGACUCUACUCUGAAAAUGACAGGCUCAAGAUCCGUGAGCUGGAGGACAAGAAGAAGAUCCAGCAGCUGUUGGCGCUGGGGACAACGCCCGACAGUGAGAUCACAUACUUCAUGAAGGAACCUCCAGCUAAAGCCAUCGUAGAACAGAAGCUGCCCAGGAAGGCUGGUAACCAAGACAACCGGACGCACCAUCAGCAGCACAAAUUAAAGAAGAAGCAGGUUGCACUGAGCGACCGAAGGACGUCGUUGUCGCCGGACCCAGAGGCGAAGUACCAGCACGACAACCAGGCCUUGUGUCUACAGGUCGAGGCUCUGCAGGCCCAGAUGGAGGAGCAGGCCAAACUAGCGAAGGAGCAGGCCGAGGCUAUGUUGGAGGACCGGCGCGUCAAGGAAGAGGAGUUUGAGACACGCAGGCAGCGGGACGAGGACAAGAUCAGAACACUCACUGAAAAAUUACAUAAAACACAAGACUUGCUGUAUGACAGUACAAAAGAUUUCCUGGAACUCCGCUACCAGGGUCGAGCCAAUGAGCGGGGAUGGAUGGCUGAGAAAGAUGGCUUGCUCCGUGAGAUGGACGAGUGUAAACAGAGGCUGAGCUCUGGUGGGAAGGACACCGUCAUCAAUGUCACCGAUGCAGGCUACGACAGAGGCCACUAUGCUGAAGAACUCCAGUCCCUGGAGUACCAGCUGCAGCAGUCCCAGAAGGUGGGAGACAUGUACCGGGAACAGGUGAUACAGCUGGAGGACGAGCUGUCUCGGAUCAGGGAGGAGGGGGACGUCACGCGCGAGAUAUUCAAGGACCGCAGUGACAAGAUGACGAAGCGCCUGCAGCUGAUGAACCAGCGCUACACAGACUUGGAGAGGCGGCGCAACCUGGAAGUCGAGGGCUUCAAGAAUGACAUAAAAAAUCUUCGAAGCCGACUGAAGGAUGUGGAGAAGCAGCUGUACAAGGUCACCCUGGGCUUCACCGAGGACAUGGACAUCCAGCGGCCGGACGAUCUGGACAUGCAAGUUCUCCGGAAUGUCCGCUUCACGGCCGGCAAGUCCAAGAAGAUGAUGGGAGAGCUGAAGAACCUCAAGGCUAAAGUUUACGGACUUGAAAGCGAUCUCAAGCACUUGUGACAGCAUUGAUAGACUUUCAACAAGGUCAUUCCAUAAACUAUUGCUCUCCAACCACUGUGAUAUGUCAGCCCAACUGAUGAUGAAUCAAAACCAACACCAUAUAUUUGUUGGUUGUGCUUUUUUAAGUGUCAUGCUAUCAUACCUUUCUCAAUAAGGCUCAUUCAGCUCCCUCAAGCAAUAGCCAAACCAUAUGCAGCUCAACUGGUUACUUUCAAGUCUUUCUGACCUCAAAAUGAAUAAUAGUUGUUCGUGGUAAAAUAAAUGUAACCUAGUAUUAUGCAUACAGAAUGUAUAUUUUAUGAUCAGUAGGAUUUGUUUCUAUUGAACCUAGUACCCUUACAAUGUGGAUAUGUUCAUUUUUAAAGCCCAAUUUUAAAGUUAAUUUGCAGAUGUGUCUUUGCCCAACUUUCUAGUGUACAUAUCUUACAUACCAAGUUUGGUAAUGUUUUGUCUAAAUAGGAACUCUGUUAUGGUUCUUGUUACUAUUUCUAAGAUGGAUGCCUUCAGCCACAUUUGGUUGCCAUAGAGAUGAGUUGAACAAAGAAGAAACUAUUAUGAUUCUUGUAUUCAUUUUAGCAUGCUCUUUUGUUUGAUAUCUGGUAUGACUUUUACCCCUAAAGUCAAGAAAAACCAUUGCUCAACAAUGGGCACAUGUUCCUGAGGCAAGGGAGGUAACUGACUGUUAAAGUCCAGUUUUCACCCUUGAUAAACUAGGCUGGAAUUAUGGAGUUAUAUUUUGGCUGGACUAACGAGUCUGUGCAUAGUUCACUCAUAAUUGCGUAACGAAAGCGACAUCCUGUUGAUUGCAGGAUUUGCAAAGCCUGUGUACUGACAACUUAUUGUCAACAGAUAUUUUCCAAAUCUUUUCAUGUUUUUAAUCAGGGUGUUUGCGUGAUUUGAUCCACUUCGCGAAGUGAGAUCCGUUAUAUUACAACAUAGAUUUUGAUUAUUGAUCAGAUCCUCGCAGCCAUUUUAUUUGAAGCAAAUUCAAGUGAUAUGAUAUAUGAAAUCUGAUUGGUCAGUAGGGGGACAUAGAAUGGACAUAACUCAUAAUUGCCAUUGGUGGCGCUACGAUCGUGCCCAGAAAUUCCAGCCAGUUAACUCCCUUGCCUCGGGAAGAUGCAUUAGUCACUCAGCAAGAAAUAAAAUAAAAAGUCCAAUUUGCAAAGAGCUAACAGGGUGACCAGUGCCAUCCACUCAAGUUCAUUCAGCCAGAUUAGGUAAAAACAUUUUCCUAAGCAGUGAUUGAAGUCAACUGUACAUGACAUGAUCUCAAAGUGUCAGUGUGGCAUUAUUUCUUAAAUCUACAUGAUAACAUAUGAUUAACAUGAUGUCUUCUUGUCAGGACGUUGUCACAUGUCUCCAUUAUCAGGAAUAUGUCAGGAUAUUUCCAGCGAUAGAAACUAACAUUUUUUUGUCCUCUGGUUCUUAUAAUAACGUAUAGCAAAACCCCCAAAAAUGGCAAAUUUCAUCUAGUUCUUAUGAUACCUUAACUAUUGGGCAGUUUGGCAAGGAGUACAGGACUAGAGCCAAUGUCGAACGCUGACAUUUCACCAGAUGAUAAUGUGUCCUCCAAAAUAAUGGGAAGAAAACAGUUUUGAAUUUAAGUAGACAACAGUUUUGAAACUACAGGGAAAUAGAACCAUAUUAUCUGUAGAUUUGGAACUUGUUACAUCCCAGAUUGUUGUCUUUAAUAUUGCUAACUAACAUUCCUGUAGAGGGUUGAUGGAAUUGAGGAGAUGACGCUCUAUGCCAUCAGCUGAAAUGGAACAGAUCUUUUCAGAGGUUUUGUUUCUUAUUAGUAUGGAAUAUUUGUACAUAGUAUUAGGGUUCAGGCUGAAAUAAUGAACACAAUUUUAUGUUUAGCCUAUGCAGUAUGUUUGCAUUUGUAUUGAAUAAAUAUUGUAUGACAUA